AUGAAGGCUACGUUCCUCAUGACCCUUAUUCCUCUCGUUGCUCUUGCAGCAGCCAACCCGGUCCCAGAUGCCCAGCCUGAGCCCGUGCCCGUGGCCAGCCCAGAUUCGAGCGCUGACAGCGAGCCCGGUAAUCUAUCUAAGCGUGACAACUGGUGCACGCUUUACCCUACCGUCUCUUCUGCGCCUUGUUACUAUGGCCCCGGAACCAACGGUGUUCGCACCACAAUCACGCCCACCAGCGGUCGAUUUGGUGUGAGAUGCUUGAUCAACAAUAAAUGGGACUACAUUCCUGGCUGGGGUUGCUAUGUUGACCGCAAGUAUACCAACACUGGAUGCGAGAACGGCCUCAAGGCCUGCCCGUGA